AUGGCUGUUGCGGUUCUGGAUCACAACUUGGGUAGUGAUUACCCCUCAAAGAGAAUAACUAAGGGGGGGAGACCCCUUAACUGCAAGCGCGUGUCUGUUCAAACUGAUAGUGGUUCUGUCCUAGGCAUUGAACUAGAGCCAGGAGAAAAUGCACACACGGUAAAAAAGAAGCUGCAGUUAGCCCUUAAUGUACCCACAGAGGAGAGCUCACUGACAUUUGGUGAUCAGGUUUUGAACAAUGAUCUCAGCUAUGUUCGAAAUGACUCACCAUUGCUUCUCACCAGAAAUCACAUGCAUAGAAGCUGCUCCACACCUUGCCUCUCUCCUAAAGGAAAAGAAUAUCAGCAACAUGAUCGGAGUAAAGUUAUUGAAAUCCUAGGUUGUUCAAGCCCUUCUGCUACAAUGAAGGAGUUGGUUAAGGAUAUCAUCAAGGGAAUUACAAAUGGUGUUGACCCAGUAGCUGCUAUUGGGGGAAUGGGAGGUGCCUACUAUUUUUGGGAUAUCUGGGGGCAACAUGUUGCAAUUAUUAAACCAACCGAUGAGGAACCUUGUGCUCCAAAUAAUCCUAAAGGUUUUGUGGGGACGACUCUUGGGCAGCCAGGCCUCAAAAGAUCUAUACGGGUUGGUGAGAUAGGAUUUCGGGAGGUUGUUGCAUACCUCCUUGAUCACAAGAAUUUUGCAGGAGUCCCUCUUACUAUGUUAGUGAAAGUUAACCAUAGUGUGUUUCAUGUGAAUGAAGAUAAUUGUAACAACAUGACCAAUAGGGAUAGAUCACAGGCUCAUAGCAAGAUUGCCUUGUUGCAACAAUUCAUUCCACAUGACUAUGAUGCUAGUGACCAUGGAACAUCGAGCUUACCUAUCUCUUCCAUUCACAGGAUUGGCAUACUCGACAUUAGAAUCUUUAACACUGAUAGGCAUGGUGGCAAUCUUCUAGUCAGGAACCUUGACAAUGGAUCUAGCCGUUUUGAAGCUCAAACAAAACUUAUUCCCAUUGAUCAUGGUCUCUGUCUUCCAGAAAGUCUGGAAGAUCCUUACUUUGAGUGGAUUCAUUGGCCACAAGGAUCUAUUCCUUUCUCUAAAGAAGAACUAGAGUAUAUCAAAGAUUUGGACCCUAUAAAGGACGUUGAAAUGCUUCGCAUGGAGCUGCCCACGAUUCAUGAGGCAAGUCUUAGGGUGUUGGUCCUCUCAACAAUAUUUCUCAAGGAAGCUGCAACUUCUGGCCACUGCUUGUCAGAGAUAGGGGACAUGAUGAGCAGACAGUUUACCAAAAAAGAAGAGGAGCCAAGCGUGCUUGAGGUUAUGUGUAUGGAAGCAAGGAAUUGGGUUAAGGAGAUAGAAUUGCUUUUUACAAGAAACAAACUUUGA